UGGGGAAUGAUUUUGAAUGGUGGGGGAGGGUAUAAUAUGAUGUUGGAAAGAGUAAUAAAGCGUUUGCAAAGAAAAGUACACUUGAGUCUCAGAUUUCAAAUUUUUCAGUCCCAGACUCAAAAUUUUAAAAAUGGUCUAAAUGGGUCGAGUGAUACCUCAAUCGACGUGGAAUCGUGCGAGGAGCACGAAUAUAUGAAAAUUAAGGGUCAUUUCAGUCUCAGAAAAAAACUUAGCCGUGUCGAAAUUUCCGCAACUGGGGUACCGCGAAGCGGCCACGUGGGAAUGAUUCUAGAGUGUGGGGAAUGUCGUAGGAUAAGGUUAGAAAGUGUUUUAAAGUGA